AUGCUGGUAAAUUGGGAAGAAGUUGAUGUAUUUGUAGAAGAUGAUGAUGAUGUCGAUAAGUUUGGAAAGGCUGAUGUAUUCACGGAGGAAAUAGAAUUAGUCUUUGAUUUCAAUUGCUUGUGGGAUGCUACUUCACAAAGCUCAAUUGAUAAUAAUGAAACAAACAGAUCCGAAACUACGUCUGGAAGAUCGUUAAAAAACGAAAAAAGAUUGUGGAGGGCUCAACUUCAUUUUGAUACAUUAAUUACACCAUUUUGCGUUGAUAUUAAAAUUAUUGCCUAUUUGUACUUCUUUCUUAGAGAGUUGUUAUCAUAUUCAUCAAACGAUGUUUUAACAAGUGGUGGUAGCGUGGUCUUGGGUGCUGAAGAAAUUGGAGAGUUAUCAUUUUCAUCGUCACUAUUAUUAAAUAAUGAAGUCAUUUCCAUCCAUAAUUAA